AUGGGUGUACAAGGAUUUACUUCUUAUUUUAAAGGAAAAUCGGGUAGAGGUAUCUAUCUCACCGAUGAAGCAAAGAAACAAAAACUGAUUAUAGGUAUUGAUGGUAAUGCAUUAAUGUAUUACUUGAGUGAUAAAGUAUUAUCAUCUGUAGGUUCUUAUAUCAAUUUGUAUGAUGAUAUUAAAAACUAUUUUGAAUCAUUCUUAAAGAAUGGAAUGGAAUUGAUUGUAUUUAUGGAUGGGUUCACACCAAUUGGUAAAUUUAAGGAAUUGGAAAAGAGAUAUGAAUCAAAGUUACAAGAUAUUAAAGAAUUGGUUGGUAAUUUAAUCGAUCCAAAUGCUAAAUUCCCAUUCACUAGAUUCUUGCCUCCAAAAUUAUUGUUGAAUGAAUUUAAAGCAGUAUUAAAAGAAUUGGGUAUUCAUUAUCAUGGAUCAUUCCAAGAAUCUGAUAAUGAAAUGAAACAAUGGGUUGUUGAUAACAAAGGAAAGAUCUUUGGUGUCAUUUCAAAUGAUUCUGAUUUCCUAUUUUUCAAUCUUGGAGAAACCUAUUACUUUGCUCUAUCUGAUCUAAAAGUUGAAGAUAAUGAAAUUUAUGGUCUUGGUCAUACUUCAAAACAAACUUCUUUGGCUCUUGGUAUUGAAGAAAGAUAUUUACCAAUGGUAGCAACACUUAUUGGUAAUGAUUAUACUAAACAUAUUAGAUCAAAGUUUAGAGGUAGUAAUUAUCAAAGAAUAGACUCUAUCGUAAAGAAUAUUGCAAAUUAUAGUGGUAGUUCAAUCAUUUCAAUCAUUAAAGAUAAUUAUCAUAGACUUCCAAAAAAUGAUGAAGAAAUAUGUUUAGAUUCAUACUUUUAUUAUUUACCACAACCAACCAAAGAACCAAGAUCAGAAAAGGGAUAUAUUUAUGAUGGAUUAUUCUUUGCCUAUUCUGAUCAUAGAGAUUUUAGAUUUGUAAAGUCACAACCAUGGUUUGAAUACUUUUUCUCGAUUGAUUGUGGAUCAAACUAUAAUCAUUUGUCAUUUAUGCGUUCACCAUAUCAACAAUCAUCAGUCUAUCAAUUGGAACCUACUAUUCCACUCUCUCGUUCGUUUGUAUUCAAGACUGCUCCCAUUAGAGAUAGAAUGUUUGGAUUGUUGGCCUAUGAACUAAAGACUAGUGUUCAUUACACUGAAUUGUCUCCAGAUCAAUUCACCUAUGCCUCGGUUCAAAGAACCCCCAUUCUCUCUGAAUUUGGUGUCUUGGAUUGUUGGAAUGACAAGAUUACUCUCCAAAGAAGAUUACAAGAACUUUGUUUUAUCUUUACCACUGAUAAAGAAACUUCAAAAAGAUUAUCCUCUCAAUUUCAAUCAAAAGAUUAUCAAAUGGAUGAUUUACUUUUAAUUUUAUUCUUAAAAUAUUUAAAAGGAUGUAAUUUAAUUCCAAAUGCAAAUAGAGAAGAACCAAUUCAAGAUUGGAUGAUUGAUGCAUUUAUUUUACAUCAUGUUCUAAUUAGCCAUAGAGUAGAUGUUGAUAGAUCAAACUUUGAUUCAAACAAACAAACAUUUGAAGCUAUCCAAAUGUUUGAUUAUUUCCAAAGUUUAAUGUUUAUGGCAACCACUAGUUUGGAUAUUUUGGCAAUCACCAAAAUCCAACAUCGUAGACUCCUUCCACCUCAUAGAUCUUUGGAUUGUGUUGUCUUUCAAAUACUUUGGAGAGAAGCAUCACUUAAAUCCAAACAAAAGAUUGUAGACCCUAUCAAUGAUUUAUUUAGCUCUCGUAAAUCUGUUAUCACCCAAGAUAUUGAAAAUCAUUUCAAUCAACUUAGACAACAAAUUAAUGGUUCAACUUUAUCAUUUGAUUAUAAAUCAAAGGAACAACAAGAAGAAAAAGAAGUAGAAAAAGAAGAAGUAGAAGAGGAAGAGGAAGAGGAGAAAGAGAAAACAACAACCACUACAACAACAUCCAAUAUAGAAAUAAGAUUGGAAAAUCUAAAGCUUUGUAAUAAUUAA